UAGUGAGAGAAAACCUUUCAUAAAUAAAAGAAAGUCUCUUAAUAAAAUCAUAGAUAAAAAUAAAAAUAAGAACAGUAAUCAUAGUUCACUUAUUCUUUAAUUUGUACUUAUUAUAGAACUCAUUGUUCUUAAGGUCAUCAUCUGACUACACGUUGAUUGAUUAAGAGGAAGGCUCAAAUCGAUCAGAGAGAAGUGUACUAGCUAGAUCUCGUUGGUUCGAAAUGGGAAGGACGACAUGGUUCGACGUCGACGGGAUAAAGAGAGGAGAGUGGACGGUGGAGGAAGACCGGAUGCUCGUCGCUUAUAUCAACAAAUACGGUGUCAGGGACUGGGGUGCUCUGCCUAAGAGAGCCGGUCUGCAUAGAUGUGGAAAGAGUUGUAGAUUAAGGUGGCUUAAUUAUUUGAAGCCUGGUAUUAAAAAAGGCAAGUUCACUCCUCAGGAAGAAGAAGAUAUCAUCAAAUUUCAUUCCCUUCUUGGAAACAGGUGGGCAGCAAUAGCAAAGCAAAUGCCAAACCGAACAGACAAUGAUAUCAAGAACCACUGGAACUCAUGUCUUAAAAAAAGACUCCGUAGAAGUGGGAUAGAUCCCAUAACCCAUGAGCCAAUCAAAGCCACUUCCUCCUUAACGAGGUCGCCAUCAACACGGAGACAUUCUUCUUCUACUACUUCUUUCUCCCUUUCCUCCACAGGCUCUGUGCGUCUACUUAACAAGCUUGCCGCUGGAAUAUCCUCGAGAAAACUUGGACUCGAUAGGAUCAAGACUGUGAUGAUAUCUUCGGAACCAAGACAAGCCGUUGAAGAAGAGAAUAUGAUGAUACGCAGCAAGAACAACGAAGAGGAGAAAGUGAUUGGUUGUUUCAUGGAGAUUGAUGAGAAUUUGAUCAGUACGAUGUCGAUAGAUGAGUUGGCUUGUGACUCUAGCUACUACUACUACGACGACUGGCUUCGUGGCUACUUCCAAUAACUACUCCUUAAUUGAACCUUGCGAUUAACUAGUCGAUCCCUAGUCCCUACUGUGAUUUACAAGGCCCCAUACAAAAUAAAAUAUAUAUUCUACUAUCUACAUGAUAAAAAAAAAUCUACAUGAUUAUGCAAAAACUUAUUUGCUACAACAUUUUCUUGAAAAAUAUAAACAACUUUCAUCUUUUUUGUUUUGUUUUGAGAAAGAGCUUUUAAUCUUUUGUAUAUCCGUAUUUACAUAGUUUUAAUGAAUUUAUAUGUAUAAAUCUAUUAGUGUAAUAUGUUUGUUACC